AGUACCCUGUACACAACACACACCUCUAUUUCUGUCACAGUGAGUCAAGCGUCAACAAGACUGGAAGAGUAGAACGGGGGUUUGGUGCGUUGGAAAAUUGGUUUUCGCGUUACAAAACAGCUCAAAAAGUACACGGCGGAGUGGACGGAGACAAGGUUCGCCUUUAAAGUGUUGGAGUUCUGGAUAGAAUCACAUUGUCUUCACUUCAGUUGCUCGUGAUAUCGUGAAAAAAGUUUCAGCUGGAAAGCCUGAACGUCAUCAUCAUUCAAUCCAAAUCCACACCGAAUCGGAAGUUUCGCGAACAGAAAGAGGAGGCAUACAGCGAAAGCAAGAGCCUCCAAAUUAGGCAAAGCUGGAACACAAAACAUAAGUUGCUAUACUUGUACAAGUGUCGACGAAGCACGAACGAAAAACCGUGGAAGAGCAUAAAAGAGGGAAUACUACCAGUGCUAAUACUAACACCAACGUUAUAACGAGUGCUACUAGAAAUUAAGGCAAAACUUGUAAUUAUUCACGUUCUUCAGCUUACUCAAGAGUGUGAGGUAAAGUGAAACGUUGAAAGAACAAGGGAGUAACUAUCCUUGGCCCCCUGCAUUGAUGUUUUCAACGAUUGAAUGAAUCAGAAAUAACACACGUUUACAACAUUCUUCGAACCAGACAGAAGUCAGUAAAUUACUUCACGAUCACGAUCUGAGUUGCAUAUUGCACUUGUUUGGAAAAAAGGAAAAGGAACUCAGCGCAAUGCCCGGAAGUGGUCCCGUUUAUCAGCCGACGACGGUUUCCUAUGAAACACGCCCCGGUGCAGGCGGUGGUAGUGGUGGUGGCGGUGGUGGUGGAGGAGGCCUGCUAGCCCAAACGGCAGCCGCCUCGUCGCUGAAGAUGCUCCGGAAACCUGCCGCCCAGGUGUCGGUGCUUAUUUUUGGACUCAUUUCACUGGCUGCCGGCAUCGCCAUGAUUGCCAGCGGCUCAGCUGACUACAGUGACACGGAACAGCACCCGGAAGCGCAUCCAGAUGGGGACAACAUUCCGGAGGAAGAACUCGACAUCGGUUUGAUUGUGGCAGGUGUCUUCAUAACGCUUCUCGGAUUUGCCCUACUCGGCCUGUACAUCAAAGUAGCGGACUGGCGCCGAAACUGCGUCUGCCCGUGCGCCCUGACGAAGAAACAAGGACUCGCUCGGCAGCUGCAGGGCAACAGUGGCGGUCAGAUCCUGGCGCUCAAUCCGAGCACGGAUCCGCUGGUGUCGCACACGCAGUACGCACCGGUUUCGGAGAUUCCGACCCGCCAGGAGGACGAAGAGCGACGGAACCUAAUGCCCGACAAUAAGGAUUCCUGCCUGAGCAGUGCCGAGGAAUCCGACCGGAUGCUCGACCCGGAUCCAAGAAUCGUGCUGCGACCCAUUGGCGGUGGCAAUGUCGAAGAUGCCUAGAAGGAGUGGCGGAACGCGUUACGUGACGACGAAGAGGAGGAGUGGUAAGCGGUUGAUUUGGACUGACAAGGGAGAAAAUAUCAUCUCGUUAUAUCUUGAAUACUACGGGGUCAUGCUUAAAGCUUUUUUAAACGGCGGGACUGACCGCCCCCGAGGGAAAACCCUUUAUUUCGGCAAAACUGAAAGAAAAAUGGUAACCAAACAAAGUGAUGAGAUUAUUUUGAUGUUUGAUUUGUUUAGAAAUUGGUCUUAUUUAUAGUAAUUGGGGAACAUGUGAGACACGAGAAUCUAUGGUUAGUGACACAGCGAUUAAGUUUUGGAGGCAUUUCGUUGAGUGCGACGUUUCGAAUUAAUGUUGCAACAGUUUUUGAUAUGACAAAGAUGAAUAACUGCUGAUUUUUAGUAUGAAAUAUUUUACUUCUGCAACUUUAAGUUCUCCGAAAGAGCAGCAAUUUUCUAUAAUAUUCGAAUUGCUUAGAAUUUUUACGCUCCAAAGAGAAAUUGGUGAUCUUUUACCUCUCUUACAGUUAACAGUUUUUGUAAGAGAUAAGUAAGAGGAUUCCCGUUCCGUCCAACUUUUGAGUUGCUGCGUGCAAUUUUAUAAUUAACUAAAACCGGCUUUUAUUCAUAUUUUACCUGAAAUUUUCAAUCUUUUUACUGAUUUUUCCACCUAAAAUAUUCUAUUCCAUCCGAAGUAUUUUUACGGCUAUAACUAUUAGUAUUUUUGGCCUCUAACUUAGUUUAGUUUAAUUUAGCAACGCAUUUAGCUACUUAAUUGGCAAACAACUAGACAGUACAAUAACGAAAGUAUGCGUAGAGUGUUGGCACAUACGAACACACCCCUGAAACCUGAAGUGGUAGCAAUGCGAACAUAACAAGGUACUUAAUGUUUUGCAUUUCAUUAAUCUUAAUUUAAUUUUAUAUCGGAGACAAACGUCACUAGAGAGAGAAAAGAGCGAGAGAGUGCAAUUACACAUCCACAUACAUAUUUAUUCCGUAUUCCGUUCCAUCGAUACAAUAGAAGACUAUUCUUAAACACAAACGCACGUCCGUUGACCCAAAAACAGUUACGUCCAACGUGCAGCACUGUUCUGUCCUUAUAAUAUUGUAGGUAUCAUCCGUCGUAAGACAACGUAAAACUGGGAGAAGGAAAAUUUGAAACGAUGCAAAGGUGAUAAAAUACAGAAAACGAAACAUCAUUAUUGCUACACACAGCUGUUGAUAACAGAGAUAGCCUAUAAUAAUAGUUGUAGUAGUCGCAACACACACUACGUAGUACGGAGACACAGUUUUAGAAUAUGAAUUAUAUUUUGUAAAAUUAGCUGGUAAAAAAGCAACAUUUCGGGACGUCUCACAUACACACACAAUUGAAGCGAAUCACAAAAAAAACAUAAAAACAGGCGCAUAAUGUGACACCGAAUUAAAAUUAACACACAAACACACUCUAACGAUUAUUGGCAAUGAAAAUGAUUAUA